CGCGAUAAGGAAUCUGGGCUUCGAAGACGAUUGUAACAAGACGAAUGCUUGUGAUGUGAAGUCCAGCCGGUACGUGGUGCUUCCAUUGUGCCAGACGGCCGCACAGCCACAUGCGCGUUCCCCGGAGUUAAGCUGGCAGGCGCGGGGAGCUGACGCCACGAUGAGCGCAUACCGGUACAUGUCGUCAAACACGCAGCAACGAUUCUCACUUGGUCUUCCAACGCGCAGCCUCACAAUCGCCCAGCAACAUUCAAAGAUCAGACCGUAAACUCUUCGACACAGCAACCUCUCCCUGUCACCACCGCAAACUCAACUCGACCCACCAUGUCGGGCACACAGCACCCACACGAGCCUCCACCGUCCUACGAGAGCGCCACUGGUAGCUCUUCGACAGAGCCUACGCCAGGCCUGGCUCGCGUCUCUACAGACGGGCCCGGCGCGCGCACAGAGCGGAACGGCAUCCCUAUGGAGCGACGGCGCUCGAUGGAGGACGAGCUGCGACCGCUCCCGGAAGGCUGGGUGAGGACGUUCGAUCCAGAAAGUCACCACCAGUUCUUCGUAGACACCAAGGCGGACCCGCCGCGAUCGAUAUGGACGCACCCGUGCGACGACGAGCAGUACCUCAGUACGCUGAGCCCGGAGGAGCACAAGCAGUAUAGUCGCAUGAAGCGCACCGUUACACUCGAGGACCUCGCCGCCGAAGACUCAGAUGAUGAUCACGAACUUCCACCACGACCUACAACGGGGCGCGGCAAGAGCGCCGAGCCAGAGCUCACAGGCUUUCACAAGUUCUCCCGCAAGCUGAAAGACAAGGUCACCGGGUCAACACAUACAGACCGCGAGCAGCAACGCGCUCGUCGCGCAGAGCAGGAGCGGCGUGCGUACCAGGCGCAUCUCCGCGCUCGUCAAGCCCUCAUUCGCGCCAUGGAGACCGGCGAACCUCAGUUCCUCUGCAAAGACGCACAAGGUAGGGACGUUUACGUCACACCACCGAACGGCUAUGCACCCCGCGGCGCGUAUGGUUACAACCCAUACGGCAGACCAUACGGAGGGUACCAGCCCGGUGUGCGGUACAUGCGUCCAGCGACACCAUACGGCAGACCCUACGGUUACGGAUAUGGUGGUGGUGCUGGACUGCCAAUCGCAGCUGGUUUCCUUGGUGGUGCUCUCGUUGGAGGCGCGUUGUUCUAGACAGCAUGAAGACCGAGACCUUCCCUAGGCGCAGCGGUGCACGAACGAGGUACGGAUGCUGGAGGCUUGCAGACGGUCCUCAUAUGAUGCAUGAGAUAUCCUACGACAAUAGAUUUUAGUGAGAAACGGA